AUGGAGCGGGCGACGGAGCACGUGCGCAUGUUGGACGCUGGUAGACAACGUGUCGCAUAUUCCUCACCUCUUACAUCAAAUUGUUUUGACUCAGUAGUCUCUACCAAGACGCAGUUGUUGCAACAUGGCAACACGUUCGGUCUGAGCUUCAUGGCGACUGCAAAAGGGUUCAUGAUGACUACCAAUGACGUGCUGGAGACGUCGUGCAUUGAUUAUGGCACACGACGUCAGGAAGCUUUGGAUCAUGGACAGAAACUUACAUUGGAAGAGAUUUAUGAAUUACCAGGAACCAAAGAGAUUCAAUUGCCAUCUAUUGCUUAUUGGAUCGCACUCUCUUCAAAUGAGCUCCUGGUUGCAGUGGCUUAUGCCGAUGCAGUUGCACUUUAUGAAGUCGCACACAUUCUCGAGGCGGUGAAUCCAGCCCCUUUUCAUACGUUUUCCAAGCUACAAGCACAAGAGAUUGCAUGGUGCACGGACCCUGAGAGUGACCGAGUGGCGGUCUUGACGCUUGAGAAGAACGUGGUCGUGUGUACACUUGACGGGGCAAAAGAUAUUAUUGAUUUACAAACUGACGUAUCGUCUAUUUCUUGGUCCCCAUCAGGAAAACAGAUUGCACUUGGGUUGGUCGACAGCACGAUUGCCACUUACGAAUGGAAUUCUCUCCGGAUUGCGCGGUCUAUUGGCAAGCCGAAGUGCUGCGCUGAUGCGGAUUUUGAAGUUCACCACGUAAAUUGGGCGGAGGAAGACUUAAUUUUGGCUGGAUAUCAGAAGUACGAUGAAGAAAACGAAGAAACAAGCGCUCUCGCCUGCAUUUUUGAGCAUGGUGAAUGCAUGGAGCUAGACGAGGUUGUCGGGUUUUUCGAUGUCGAAAACCGACGGCAUCAAUAUUUCUCUGCAUUCUUACCGGACUGGCGAAUGUUUUUCAUCGGCUGCUCGCUGAGCGCAGAUAUAGAGUUGCUUGUUUCAGAUCCUGAAAGCGGCGAGUGGGAAUUAUGGAAACCUCUGGAAAAGUAUCAGGCACGCCUUCCUAUGAAUGUCAAGGAUGGGGAAUCAUUCCCCAUGGGUUUUGCCCUGAAUUUAAAUUCGACAUCAUCAGUUCCUGUCGAUGAAGACGCAUAUCCGCCUGUCCCCAUUAUUUCAUGCUCCAACACAGAAGGACUUUUAGUAAACUUUGCAUUCGUUGACACAACUGUGAGCGAAGUCGAUUUUGUGAAAAGUCCGUUGCCAUUUGAGAAGAAGGUGACUCGUAUUGUUGCAGCAGAGGAUGAACCCAAGGCGUUAGAAAAUGCGGCAACGGGUGAGUUUCAGUUAACGUCAAACACGGUAUCUCCAGAUAACACUACCUCUUUGAAACACACAAUCUCGCAUGAAUAUGGUCAGAAUGAUGAGAAUGAGUUUGUAGAAUCUGACGGAGAAUCGAGUGAUGAGGAAGAAGAACGCAAAGAAGAAGAAGAUAAAGCCAGAACCACGUUCCGCACGAUUGCGUCCGAUGGGUCAGACUUUAUUCUUUCAGAGCAGUUUCCGAAGCUUAUCAAAGCUAUGGGAUCUACGUAUGCCGAGGAAGAGCAUGCGAAAACAUUGGAAAGUCUUGAGAAGGAUGGAAAGGUAUAUGAGGCCGAUUUCGUUUCGUGGUAUGUCGAUUGGAUUUUCGGUGAUGAUGACUCGGAUUCAGAUGAUAAUGCGGAUACACCUGCAUCAUCGGCAACGGAGCCCGCCGAAAUGAAAUCGAAGGAGGAUAUCGCUGCAGCAUUUUUGAGACUAUCGGCCAAGGAAGGAAGCUGGAAAUGCGGUGUGUGUAUGGUAAGCAAUGACCCCGAAGCAAUAAAGUGUAGCGCUUGCGAGGCUCCAAACCCUGCUGCGCCAAAAUCGGUAGUUCCGGUAACCGCGGCAAGUGCUCCUACGUCUGCAGGCUCGAUUGGUUCGGGUGGGUUCUCUUUUCCAGUUUCUACGGAAGAAACCUCAAAACCGUCGUCGCUUUCCUUCGGUGCAAGUCCAGGUGCUACUACGGUUUGUGCCACCAAAUCUAGUGAGAUUUCGUCUUGUGGCACGGCGCCAACCUCGGGCUUUAGCUUUCCAAGUAGCUCGACUACUUCCGAAAUGAGCUUUAGUUUUUUGCCUACCACAAAGCCUGCGACAGGAGUAAGCUUUGGAUCCCCUGAUGAGGCAUCUUUUGGUGGCGGUAACUUUGAUGGCGGUAGCGAUGACGCUGUUUCUGCUAGUAAAGGCGCCCCUUCCGUGGAUCAGUCUGUCGAAAAAAGUAAGCCGUCUUUUCCACUGAAAACUAUGUCGCACGAGUACGGCCAAAACGAUAGAAAUGAGUUUGCUGCGUCGGAAGAAGAUGAGAGUGAUGACGAGGAAGAGCGCAAGGAGGAGGAAGCUAACGCCAGGAAUGCAUUCCGCUCUAUCACGUUAGAGGGAACUGACUACAUUAAUGUGGAGCAACUUCCAAAGCUAUUCAAGGCUCUGGGAUUAACGUAUUCUAAAGAAGAGCAAGCUAGCACCCUUGAAAGCCUGGAGAAAGACGGCAAGAUAUACGAGGUUGACUUCAUUUCUUGGUAUGUUGACUGGAUCUUCGAUAAUUCCGACUCUGACGAGGAGGACGGUGCACUGCUGUCUCCAAAAAACGCAAUCUCGCAUGAAUAUGGUCAGAAUGAUGAGAAUGAGUUUGUAGAAUCUGACGGAGAAUCGAGUGAUGAGGAAGAAGAACGCAAAGAAGAAGAAGAUAAAGCCAGAACCACGUUCCGCACGAUUGCGUCCGAUGGGUCAGACUUUAUUCUUUCAGAGCAGUUUCCGAAGCUUAUCAAAGCUAUGGGAUCUACGUAUGCCGAGGAAGAGCAUGCGAAAACAUUGGAAAGUCUUGAGAAGGAUGGAAAGGUAUAUGAGGCCGAUUUCGUUUCGUGGUAUGUCGAUUGGAUUUUCGGUGAUGAUGACUCGGAUUCAGAUGAUAAUGCGGAUACACCUGCAUCAUCGGCAACGGAGCCCGCCGAAAUGAAAUCGAAAGAGGAUAUCGCUGCAGCAUUUUUGAGACUAUCGGCCAAGGAAGGAAGCUGGAAAUGCGGUGUGUGUAUGGUAAGCAAUGACCCCGAAGCAAUAAAGUGUAGCGCUUGCGAGGCUCCAAACCCUGCUGCGCCAAAAUCGGUAGUUCCGGUAACCGCGGCAAGUGCUCCUACGUCUGCAGGCUCGAUUGGUUCGGGUGGGUUCUCUUUUCCAGUUUCUACGGAAGAAACCUCAAAACCGUCGUCGCUUUCCUUCGGUGCAAGUCCAGGUGCUACUACGGUUUGUGCCACCAAAUCUAGUGAGAUUUCGUCUUGUGACACGGCGCCAACCUCGGGCUUUAGCUUUCCAAGUAGCUCGACUACUUCCGAAACGGGUACUACUGGACUGGCCUUUGGAAGUUCGACUGUCUCUGCGUCUAUUGCUGGUAGUAGUGCAUACCCUCCGGACACGACUUCAAAGCCAAAGCUUCCUACUUUCGGUGCUGCCAGUAAGAGUGGCUACCCUCCGGACACGACUUCAAAGCCAAAGCUUCCUACUUUCGGUGCUGCCAGUAAAAGUGGCUACUCUCCGGACACGACUUCAAAGCCAAAGCUUCCUACUUUCGGUGCUGCCAGUAAAAGUGGCUACUCUCCGGACACGACUUCAAAGCCAAAGCUUCCUACUUUCGGUGCUGCCAGUAAAAGUGGCUACCCUCCGGACACGACUUCAAAGCCAAAGCUUCCUACUUUCGGUGCUGCCAGUAAGAGUGGCUACCCUCCGGACACGACUUCAAAGCCAAAGCUUCCUACUUUCGGUGCUGCCAGUAAGAGUGGCUACCCUCCGGACACGACUUCAAAGCCAAAGCUUCCUACUUUCGGUGCUGCCAGUAAGAGUGGCUACCCUCCGGACACGACUUCAAAGCCAAAGCUUCCUACUUUCGGUGCUACCAGUAAGAGUGGCUACCCUCCGGACACGACUUCAAAGCCAAAGCUUCCUACUUUCGGUGCUGCCAGUAAGAGCGGCUACUCUCCGGACACGACUUCAAAGCCGAAGCCUUUAGGCAAGACAACAUCGUCGUCUUCGUUUGUUUCCGGUAACAAUUUUUUUCAGUUGCAGGCAGGGUUAUCAGCAUCGACGAACUCUUUUGGACAAGGUGAUAACUCGUCUACUGUUACCGCAACGAAUCCAAAAUCGCUAUUCGGAAGUGUAUCUGGUAAUGAUGGCCCCACGGACACAACUUCAUCGCGAUUUGGCGUCGUUUCAAAACCAGCUUCGGAGGGUGCGUUUUCGUUCGAGUCAACAAGUGCCAAUGGUCUAAAGGAUAUUACAUGGAAAACUAACGCGGCACGACCGAGCUUUACAUUUGACACCCUUUCCUCAACGUUGGAUAAAACUGAAGAAUCUGAAGGUGAUCUUCCAACAAAGCGUACGCUGAACUUUGGAGACUCGAACGCAUAUGAAGUAAAGACGAAUGAGACCCCAACGGCAAAGGUGAAAACAAUGCCUAUCUGUGCCCCCGCUAAGCCCUCUAAGAGCAUUCCUUCCUCACAAAUGGAGGGCCAGCUGUGGAAGUUGAUCGUGGAGUUCAACAAGUCCCUUCAACGGGUGAACGAGAGCUCGAAGAGCAUUUUAUCUAAAGAUCCUGCGUUUUCAAAGAAUAUUCUGGCAAAAACGGAUAAGUUACGCGCUCAAUUAUCACAUCUCUGUGAUGAGGUUAACAACCUAGACGAGUCACGGGAUAAAAUCGAAAAGGAUGUAUUGUUCGUCAUCGGAAGUGACGGUGAUGUACACGAGCAACUCGAGUAUGGCCGCGAGAUCCUGAACAGCUUUAGUGACGAGGUCCUCAAGAGAACUCUGGAAGCGCAACCGCUUGACCAGCGAUCGAAGGAAACUUGGGAAUCAUUGAAGGGUAAAUUAAAUGAGGUAGAAAAGUGCUGUCUUGAACUUGACAGCCAUCUAUCCUCUUCCCCAAUCGGUGGAACUGGUGCAGUUUCUUCGGCGCAUUUAUUCCGUGUGCUGAAGCAGACUUAUGACACUUCAAAAAUGCAGUAUAACAAAGUGUGUAUGUUGGCUGAAAAUCUGGAAAAUCUGAGUUUGCGUGGCGAUCGCAAGCAUCAAGCUAAUGGUGUAGGUGAAGUUACUGCUGUUGAAAGUGAAUUUCAUCCCAUUGCAACCAAGGCGGACAUGAUCGAAAUGAUUGUGGAGACAGAGCAACGUAGUCAGGAUGUGCGUCGCAACUUUUUGUCUCUAUGCAACAAUGUGGUUACUCCUCGUGAUGUAUUCUCAACACCGCGGCGAAAAUUAGCUCCUCCCUCGCCUUCAAACUCUUCGACGUCGCCACUUCGAGUCAAAGCCUGCAGCAAGUUGAUGCCAAAAAUGCAGUUAAGCGUCGCUUCCCCAAUGAGCUCAGCAAAGCAAUCAUCAAGGUCCGUGUCUUUCAAAACCACCCCUGUCAAAUCUGGGUCAAAACUGUUCUCGCUGGCAGAAGCUAUGGCACCGAAGGAAAAGCCUGCCAAACUUGUCCAGACCCCACAGCCAGCGAGACCUAGUGUAGGUGUUGGCAAAGCGCCUCAAAGACCAAGUCUUGGAACGCCGACUACCGAGGCGAAAUCUGCGUUGGCGACCUCUUCUACUGAAGCAUUAUUCAGCGUACCUAGUUUCCCGAAGCCUUCUAAGGAAACUGAAAGUUUGUUUGCACCAGCUUCCGCUAAGACAGACGACACGAAGACUGUAUCGACUACUUCGACGUUUAGCGGGAUUGGAAACAACUCGCCGACGGUAAAGCUGGAACUAAAAGCUGACGACAGGCAAACUCCUGCGUUCUCUUUAGGAGGGAAAGAAACCCCGGCAUCCACUCAUACCUUUAGCUUUGGAUCGAAGGACGCGAAGAGUACUAUAGGCUCUGUGACGCCGGACUACAAGGCGCUUUUGGAAAAGUUCUACAAGGUACACAAUCCGUCAAAGACUAGCGGAGACGUGAUUGAAAAGGCUCUGACUACAUAUAAGGGCAGGGAGGAAGACUUGUUCACUCGGCUCUUCAGUAUGUACGUCCCUGAUUCGAUGCCCGAUGCUGUCAAGAAGUAUUUAAAUGGAGGACCAGUCCCUUCGAAAUCAGAGUCCGUGGCAGCGACUGCAAAAUCUUCCACACCAGUUGCAACAGCCAAGAGCCCGUUUGGUGGGUCAGCUACUGCUCAGUUGAGCCCAUUUGGGACACCCUCCUCGGCGUGUAGCCUCGGACCCGCUGCAAACAAGUCGUCCAGUGGCUUUGGAUCUACAGCGGUGAUGUCUUCUUCAACAUUAUCGUCAGUUACCACACCUCCUUUCGGCAAAUCAGCUGUCGACUACGACUACCAUCAGAAGCUGGUGGAGUUUUACCAGAAGCACAACCCGGACAAGCUCAGCAGUGUAGAUGCCACGCUUCAGAAGUACAAAGGAAACGAAGAGAAGCUUUUUCAGAGUCUUGCUGUGAAGUACAAGGUGACUGACGCAAAUGGAGGGGUGCCAAACCUGCUUGCAAGUCCGGCUGUGCCGCCUGCCAAGCCUAAUGCAGGAACAAGCCCUUUUGGUAAAACUGGAGCAUUUUCAGCCUCAGCUAGCUCGGUUGGUUUCGGUGCAGUAAAGCCUUCCCCAGCAGCAUCUCCGUUUGGCACAGCUCAGACUCCCGCAGCAAUUCCAUUUGGUGCAGCUUCUCAAACUUCCAGUGGCUUCGGGUCUGCGGGUGGUAGCGGGUUUGGUAGUGGAUUUCAAUCGACCUCUGCUACGCCUCCAGCAUUUGGUGCACCCACUUCAUUUGGGGAGACAACUACUAGCGGAUUUGGAGCUGCUGGCCGUGCAAACUACCGCGAAAAGCUUACAGCCUUUUAUCAGCAAUACAACCCCGCCAAGCUAAGCUCCGUGGAUGCAACGUUGGAAAAGUACCGGGGUCGCGAAGACCAUCUCUUUGGAAUGCUUGAGCAGAAGUAUGUCAAAAAGACCCCGAUGGCCUCGACAAGUGGAGGCUUUGGUGGUGGUGGGUUUGGGGCACCGUCGGGUUUAGGAAUAGCGAGUGCAGUCCCUGCAUUCGGAUCGGCUUCGACAUUGGGAGGCACGACCCAACCAGCUUUUGGUGGAGCUACAGGUUCGGGCUUUGGGAUGGCGUCUCGUAUGGGCGGAGGAUUUGCCUCAGCUGCACCUGCUGCUUCUAGUGGAGGAGCUACUGGAUCAGGAUUUGGCGCUUUCGGAGCACAAACUUCCACCUUCGGUGGAGCUGCCCAGCAAUCUGGUGGUUUUGGUGCUGCUGCUGCAAACAGCGGAGGCUUUGGCUCUAGUUUUGGUGGCAAUACGACGACUAGUAGCUUUGGUCCAUCAGCUGCAUUCAACAGCUCCAGCUUUACUCAAAUGCGAUGA